ACCAAGGACCAUGCCCAUGACGGAAGGACAUAACCUCGCAGCACAAGGGGAGACCAGAGCUUUCUAGUCCUGUCCCUCGGUAUCAUGACUGGAGAGACCCAGCAUGUUUAUGCCAUCAGCGAUACUGAGGCCAGCGCCAAAGACCAAGAGAAAGACUUUGGCUUUGAGCGCUACGGCGAGAAGGAUGGGAGGGCGUUCAACGGCAGCUUGCCCGAGGGCUCGGAGCUGUGCUUGCACAACGGCAGCGAGGGCACGUCCCCCUUCCCCAGCACCAAAGACAAGGAGCCCCACAGCCAGAGGGAGGCUGUGAUCAGGCCGCAGCAAGCCGGGAAGAUUGACUUCAAGUCCCUCCACAACAAGCCCAAGUUUGCCAAUGACAGCGCCUGGAGCCCCCUCAAGGGGAGCCCGCAGUCCCCCACCGGGAAAGGCCGAGCCCGGGAAAAGAACAGGCGGUCAGGGAAAGGGGAGCGGAGCCACCACCAGCUCUACAGGCUCAGCAUCACCAACGCCCGGCCAAACCCCACCAUCGGCAUCGCUUACCCCCAGCAGAAGGUCACCCCGCCGAAGAAGCCAGAAGUCAGCCGCGGGCCCAUCUCCGGGAGCUACCGGUUCCACGUGCCCAGCAUCCCCGAGAGAGAGGCCGAGCUGCAGCAGGAAGAUCUCAGCUUCAACCGAUGCUUCCCGGAGGCCCCCGCCAGCCUUACCUCCACCAACUAUACCUCACAGCCAGCAGCCAGCGUGCGCCAGAACCACAGCAUCAAAGGACAGUCCCCGGCAGGUAUUCCCCUCAAGAGCCCCAGCACCAACGGGCAGCUACAUUAUUUAGAGUUUCAGGCAAACGGGACUAAUUCUUGGCCUUCUCCAGAGAAGAACUUUCCAGGUGCUAACUAUGGGGUCUCGGUGCAGAAGCCGAGCUCUUUUCCCGAGGGCAGCAAACCCAGCGCCCACGGCCUGGGGGCCUUGCCGUUCCAGUACCCUUUUCAGCUGCUGCACGACGCGGUGAAAGAGUCCUACCACAACGAUGCUGGUAGCCAAGAGUACGUGGACGUUCCCCUUGCAGCCAGCCAGGUGACUCACGGUGCUUUCGGCUUCCAUUCUUCCUCCCGAGAGUGGCAAGACGAGACGCUGAGCAAUGGCUCCUAUGAGAGCGUGUCCCCCGAGGGCCGGCUGUACAGCCUGCCCUCACAGCCAGCCCCCUUCCUGCCCCCGCAGCCGCCGGCAGUCCCCCACCAUGGCCCUCUGCCAUGCUACAAGGGCAGGAGCGAGCAUUCUGCUGAUCUCAAUGGUGCUCUCUCAUCGUCUGGUGCUAUCGACCAAAAUCCAAGCACUUUCCAAGAAAACCAAGCUGUUUUUCCGUCUAGUUUACACUCUCCUAGCAUGCCAAAGCCAGUCAGUAAGAGGCAAGCCGCAUCAAAAGACAGUGUCCCUAGCCCACGGCUACUGAUCCAGAGUAGCUCUCUUAGAAGGAAUAUGCCACCGAACUCUCUCUCCCAAGUGCACUUUCAGAACAAAGUCUAUUGCAGUUCCCCAGCGGGCAGCGUAAGCACAGGAUCCGUGCCUUUUGAGACAAGCAUUCCCACUACAACACCAACCCACCCCAGGCUUGUGCAAGCUUGGGAGGGUGCCACUAAGGCGUUUUCUCCCAUGGACCAGAAUUCAGCACCUUAUUCAAACCCUGUUGGAAACCAGUUCUCAUUUGAGUGCCAGUCUGGCCCUGAGCAGAGGCAGCACAGGCAGAAAAAUGCCAGGAUGCCUUGGCAGCAAAUACACCUCACUUCUGCAGUGCCCGGUCAAAACAGGAUAGAGCUGUCGAGACAAAUCACCAGUCAGAAGCUUCCUUUCUCCCUUGGCACGUCAGAGUGGCAAGGGAGCGUGAAAGCCCAGAAGGGCACCCCCUUAAGUAACUCUCCUGGGUAUCACAGCAAAAAGCUCUUGCCUGGAGAGGGCCUUGGGGCCCAGAGGGGUGACCCCAGCCGGCAGAGCUGCAGUUCAACGAGUGCUUUCUCCUUCGAAAGUGGAAAGGACCCAGGGUCUCCCGCCUGUGAUUCAAGAAGCAAAGCCCUCUUCUACAGCAUGGGCCAGGCAGGACCUCCUCCUCCUCCCUCCAGGAACUCAUCCAGCUCAGCGUUGGUCUUGCCACCAUCAGCCUUGGUGGCUGCCUCGCCGUGUGAGUCUCCGCUGCCUUCCCCUGUCCCCAACCCUACCUGCAGCAGCACCUGCUCCUCUCUGUCCCCCAUGUCAAGCAGCCCGCUCAACCCCAGCUUUGAAGACAGCCAGAUUUCUGGAGCACUUACGCCUUCUCCCUUCUUCCACCACCCUUGUCAUCCCAAGGACAGCAACAAAACCUUCCACCCAUCCGAAGUAUUGAGCUCAGGCUCACUUCAUUACCACCCCUCGGACUCUGUCAAGUCCUUCCACUUUCCUCCUGACUCCCUGAAGGAUGACAGCCUUCUCAAAUGCACCCCAGAGAGCCCAUUUCACAAGCCCACCAUGGAGGUGGCCAAAGGAUGCCUUGAUGGUCUCGAAGGGGAGCAACCUCCUCCACCUUAUUCCUCCCAUCACCUGCUGGCCAACUCACUCAGCAGCGCCAGCCUGGACCAACUGGAUGUGCUCCUGACCUGUAAGCAGUGUGACCAGAACUACAGUAACCUCUCCUCCUUUCUGGAGCACCGGCAGUUCUGCAGCUCACACACCGCUUUCCAGGGUGAGACGAAAGACACUCCCCGGGCAGCGGAGUGCAGGAAGCCGCUCCCUCCGGAGCCCACAAAGCACUCCCAAGCUGGGCCAAACCUGGCACUUUCUCCUGACCCCCAUGCGCAUCUACUGGCUUUAAACAAGAAUGAUGAUUUCCUGCUAGAGGGGGAAAGCAAGAGCGAGGUCAAGGAAGAUUCUCUGAAAGGCAGUCUCUUCCAUGGCCUAACCACAAACUCCUUGCCACUUACCGCAUCUGACUUGGAAAUCGAUGAUGCCAAGCUGGACAGUUUGAUCACAGAAGCCCUAAACGGCCUGGGGUAUCAGUCGGAUAAUCCAGAGAUUGACAGCAGCUUUAUAGAUGUGUUUGCUGACGAGGAGCUUACAUCCGUGAAGGCUGCUGGCAGUGGGCUGUCUCACAAGACAAAGGAAGCCUCCGAGAACAAAUCGAAGCACAUAGGAAAAGAGGAGAAGCCAGCGAGCCAGCCAAAACCCAACUAUUAUUAUGAAGACAGCCGUCCUAGAGGGGAGAAGACUAAGAGAAGAACAGGAAAGCAGCACAUUCAUAAGGGGAGAGUGGGCCGGAGGUUGGCUGGCCGUGAGGCUGAGCGGCAGGAGAAGCCCUGCACACUGGAGCCAGCUCGGAGCAAAUCUCCAGGUCAGGCAGCAGCCGAGGGAGGGGGACCUGACAAGGCAGUCAGGCUGAGGAUGGGGAGAAAGAACAGCAGCAGCUGCGUUCCACCAGCAGCCGUAACCAAGUCUGCCUCAAACCAAAAGCAGCCCAGAAAGGUCAGCCAGGAGAUUCACACAAAGAGUGAGGUUGGGUCAGGUGUCGUCACCAAGAGCUCCAAGCCGUCCCGGUUCUCCAUGAAGGACAUAAAGAAGCGGAAGCCACGAAGUGGGACGUGGAGCAAGGAGCUCAUUCACAAAAUUGUGCAGCAGAAGAACAAGUUCCACAAGCUGCACGUGAAGAGCAACAAGCACAUGCAGUUCUCCUUGGUCACUGAGAGACCGAUACCAGCUGCCAAGGAGGGUAAGUUUCAGGAGUACGACUACAUUUCAGACUCAGAUGACGAAGGGGCAGAGUGCACCAAACUCCAUGGGAGGAAAAGGCAGGGAGGAGGAUUUAGUGGGAGGUCCAAAUACAGCUUUAGCAAGAAACGCCCUGGAAGAAGUGAGAGAGCCAAAGAGAAAGAUCCAGCCUGGAGCUACAGUCGAAAAAGAGAGAGUCAGAAAAGAGAGACUCAGGAGCACAGGAGGGUUCCAAGUAAGGAGGCCACCAAGAAAGAGGAUUGUGCAACGAGGGCCCGAAGACGGAGCAGCCAGUCAUCUACUGGCAGCAAUCACAGCACUAGCAUAUCCAGUGAAACUGGUCCCAGCCCCCCCUGCACUGAACGGGCUGAUUCGGACAGUGAGAAGGGAAGCAUGCAGACGAGAAGGCGCUCGGACAGUCCGGAGCACGCACCAAGGACUCCACUUGGCCUUCCCAAGGACAGGAGCCCAAAGAAUAGCCAUAAAAGCAAAGAGGACUUUUCAAGAGGGACCAGACGGUUUGGCUCAGCCAAAUUUUUGUUAGCAGGCUCCAGAACACAUCCAAGUACUAAAUCAGAUGUUCCUCUGACAGACUAUACAAAGGAGGAGCGCUUACCACAGGCCCAGGAGAAGCAGCACCCCAGCACAGAGACAUUUGGCAGGAGUCCCAUUAGGCUUUCCUGUAAGAAGGAUGCAGAAGAACCUAAAGAAGCAGCAAGCCAUGCAGGUGUGACAGAGAAAACUAUUCUGGAGGCUCAGGAGUCACCUGAGUUGACCAUUGUCAGCCACAGGCAUCAGUUUGCCCCUUACACUGACGAUGUUCUGAAGUAUCAUGCAGAAGAGCUAACUGAUCCAUCUCACGUCAGUAACGAAGCUAGUCCUGGCAACGCGAGCACUGCCUACUCAGAAGCUGGCAUCAAAUACUUGAAGGAACAUGGGCUCUGUGACAGUCGGAAGGACUACCCUGCUCCAGUUGCCCCCUAUGGGGGGGAUGCUGUUGGGAUGAUGCUUGCUGGCAAAGUGCCUGAUCCGUACAUGAAUAGUGACAACACAUUUUUCGAUCACAAAGGCCUGCCCGGUCACUAUGGGUCCAACCUCUUCUCAAAGCCCCCAGCUUUGGGGUCCUCGCACAUUGACGAUAUGUACUUAUGCCGGGAUGACAUUAAUACCGGCUCCUUCGAGCAGAAGCACGCCAAUAUCUCUCCCUAUGCAGCAGGAAAUCCACAGGUCAAGGUCUCCUCCCCUCUCAGCUUCGAUUCCUCUUCGAUAUUUGGAGAACUUCCUGUAGCUGAGUUCGAUCCUCCAUUAUACGAAAGCGUUUCUGCGAGCAAGGACAGUUAUGUGACAACAUUUGCCUGCCCUGGCAAUCCACCCAGCAAGCCACUGCCAUUUGAGCAGCCGUAUCCGCCAUUUAUGCAGGAGAAAGACUGGGCCCUCAUGGAGGAGGUGACUCCGAUGUUGCCAGAAGACAUGACUCAGUUCCACGACCUUUCAGCAGAAAAGCCAUUAGCCAAGAAAUUCCCUGAUGAAGGACCUGUCCCUCCCAACCAACUGUCUCUGCCGCUGUCAGACAGGAUAACAGAUUAUAACGUAACUUUUAUGAACAAUAUAUCAGAUGAUGAACUGGAGAUCAAACGAUUAGUUACAGAACUGGAAAGUCAGCUGCAGACUGGCAAAAUGAGUAAUGAGGCAUCUGUCGCUCUACAGAAACCUGAGCAACACAUUGCCACACAGCUGCGAGAACAGGCAGCCGAGCAAUUUCCACCUCUGCCUGUUGCUCAAGAGACCGGUCAUGAAAAGGGACUGUUUUUGGCAGGUGACCUUGGGAGUACAAACCUUCUAGCUGUGAAAGUCUGUGUCGGCGAAAGGUUGGGGAGCGAGAAGCCAGGUGUUGCCAAUGCACACAGCAACUAUGAGAGACCCAAGGAGCCCUGGCCCUGCCCCGUGGAGUUCAGUUCACUGGAAGCAGGGAUGUGCACCCCAGGCCCCAAAGACUCGCUCUCUGUGGACCAUUUCUGCUCCAAAGACGCCGGUGAUCAGUUCCAGGGAGCUGAAAGUGCCAAGGAAAGUGACUCCAGAAAGAGGGAGAAAGAGUCUUCCUCCCAAGGUCUACCUGACUCGUGUAUGCCAGACAAAAUAGAGGCUCCGAUCUACACAGACCAUAUGAUAAAAACCUCUCCUGUUGUCACUGACUCCUUGUUCCCUAAGACUUUAGAGGCAGCUGAACCGAACAAAGAUGAUAUUCUACCGUCCCUGCCAUGUAAGCGUGGUGCUGAGAGCUUCCCUGAAGCAGGGAAAAUAGAUAGAAGCGAUGAUUCUGCAGAGCUGAAAAAGUUUGAUACACAUCUUCCAACCCUUAAACCUGAAUUUGGCCUUCCGCAGGGUCCGACCCCAGCCUUGGAUCUCACCUUUUCGUCUCACAUCAAAGAGGUCCCAGACAGAGAAGAAAGAUCUUUAAGCAAGUCCGAGUCACCCAAAAUGGUAAAAAGCGCAGUGCCCUUCAAAGGGGAUAGCGGUGGGUCUGUGUUACUGGAAGAAACAGAGGAGAGCAAGAGCACUGCAGCCUACCAAGCCCCUGGGACCAGUGACAAAGCCAGCAAGCGAAAAGUGUUGUUGCUUGAUAUGCUGAGUUUGCCCAAGGAGAGUGACUGUGGUUCCCAGAAGAGACUGGCUUCUCAGGAGACUGCUGCAAACCCGCUGCAGCAGCUCCAGCUCUUCGUUGCCCGGACUGUGAAGAACAACGAAGACGAGCUGUUGAUGCCAUGCUUCCCCAUGCUUCUUGCUCCCAACCACCUGCCUUCCAGUGCCAGGGUCCAGCCGGAGCAGAAAGAGGAGAGCAGCGAGAGCUUGGAAAGUGAGAAACGGACAUGCUGCCCUGCCCAAGAGGAGGGGAAUGUCGCCACUGGAAGUGAGGCAGAGAGCAUAGCUACCCCGUCUAAAGAGACUGCACUCUUCUCAGGUGCAUGUGAGCAGCUGGAAUCAGUCAGUGAAAUGGACUCUUGCUGUGCAAAACAAUCUGCAUUUGCGAACCUGGAGCUGCAAAAUAAUGUAACAGAGCUGCAGCACUUAGCAAAUGAACAUGCAGAGCCAAAUGACAUUAAUAUCUGUGCAGAUGGUGUUUCCCAAGAGCGUAAUGACCUCUCACCACUUCACAACACAGUGGUGACCCCAUUGCCAGGGCAGGGAAAGAAAGCUGAUCAGCUUGUGGAAGAGAAGGAGCAAGAUAAAAACAAAGCGACCUUGGCAUUUAAAAAACAUGAGCAAUCCCUUUUAAGCCAUAGUUCACUUGAGAAAGAAACAUUGGGCAGUGCAGCAGCAGAGAGGCUGGAAACGAAUGAAUCUGAAUGUAGAUCCUGGUGUGAGGGAUCUAAGCAGGAUGUGCAGUCUUUAGGCUCCAUAAAAACCAAGCGGAUAGGACCAGGCAGUAAUCAAGUAGGGCACGGGACACGGCCCCUGUGCAGUGCAUCUGCGAGUCCUGUCAGCCCACUGAAUCCCUCAGAUGAUCUCCACCAGGAUCAUUAUUUGCUGCAGGGCACAAAAGCCUGCACAGUAAAUGCUAAGGUUCCCAAAGAAGGGAAUGGCAAGAAGUCCGUCAAUGGCUGUCACUACACAAGCAAUUCUCUGGCCAGCCUGCCCUUGCAAACAAACUUGUCUCAUCCUAAAUACUUGCAAAGCAAUGGUGCUGAAGGAGGAGAGUUCCCCAGCUUCAGCACUCAGCUAUCGGAGGAGAGUAAUUACAGUGCCUCUUUGCUUAAUGCAGAGACUCCAUCAAGUUCAUUUAUCAUGAAGAGCUGCCCUCCCAAGGCCGACAGUAGUGACAUUUGCCACCCCACCCCAAGCCCAUUAGAGCAAGGGAAGUGGAGACGAGUGCAUACCUUUCCUCUCGCUCUGCAUCCCUGCAGUGCCAGUGCUCCCGCACCGUUGGAGACAAUGGGAAGCAGUCACCACCACCUUCCCGAAGGCGUCCUGAGUAACUACGGACCGCCUGAAAGAGAAGGACUGGCAAGACCCCAUGAUCCUCUGUGCACUGAUGGUCUGAUGGGCCCUGCUCUGGAGGUCGAAGGUCCCCAGAAACUGCAUGUGAAGGACUGCUCACUUCCCUGCUUGCCACCAUUCAACCAAAAGGAUGUUGGGAAAGAGGUACCAGAAAGCCCCGGUGCCGUGCUAUCAGGUGCUCAUUUUAAAGAAAACAAAGCAUGCACUGUCACAGAUAAAAUUAUUAGUUCCCAGUCUGUUCCUCCAGAAACCCAAGGUUACCCGACCCAGCCCACGACAGAUCUUCUGCUGAUUAGAGAGAGAGAGGUGAACUUAAAUCAGAAAGCGCUUGAGAACUGCUCUCAAGAUGCAAGUAAACAUCAAAAUGAACCAGAGGCUUUGUCCAAUGGUUCUGUUGUUCAGCAGAUACCACCUGCUGUCAACAGCAGUCCUAAAAGGACUGCAGAUCUUGGUCCUGCUAAACUAAAUGCCCACCAUUUUUCAGAGGCAGCAGAGGUGCGAUCUGGUGAUCUUUCCAAAACUACAGAGAAUGGAGGAAAGAAUUUAAACGGAGAGAAACCCAAAAGCCAUGGAGCUGAGCACGGUGGUGAAGCUGGGAGUUAUGUGUUAAAUAACGCGCACCAAGGAGAGGACAACAUGUUUAACAGCGUUCCGAACACUUCCCAAAAUGAACUUCUAAAAGAAACGAAGCCAAAUGGGCUCCAGGUCACCUGUGAUAUUUGUUCAGCCUCUUUCCGGUCCAAGCCUGGCCUGACCAGGCAUAAAGCUGUCAAGCAUCAGGUGAAGAAUGGUGGCGUAUCACAGGCAAGCAAGACUCCUAGAUCCGAUUUAAUUCCAGUGGACAAAGCAUCAAAAGCAGGCAAAAAGGUCCCUAGGAGGGCCCUGAAGACAUCUGUCAAAGAGAAAAUCUGCAGCUCGCAAAUGCCAACCACAGCUGUUGAGCACAUCCCCAAGAAAAUAUGCACAGGCCUAGAAAAAGAACCCAAUGCACAGAUGCAAGAAGUAGUCAGCAGAGUGCUCAGUGACCUCAGUGUUAUGUCCUUUGAGAUGUCCCAGGAGCUUCAUCGCACGGGUAUUCUGAACAGAGAGAUGAAGGCAAAGUAUCAGCGCUCAGAGACAAGGGGAGCAGAUGAGGCAAUGGGUGAAAAGCUGGAUCCUGCAAAGCAAGCCAGGAAAGGAGAAAAGGGCAGAAGGAACCAAAGCAAAGAUCCUGGAGGAGUAAACAGCAAUUCUGAAAAGAAGCUAAACAGGAAAGUGAGACGAAGGAAAGCAAAGGUAUUUCCCAACAGAAAUGAGCCCGAUGGUCCAUCAGAGCUGCAGAAGAAUGUGAAUUCGGGUCCUUCCCUUGCUAUCCUCAGCAGUGUCAGCUCCAGUCUGUCCAAUAUGAUCGAGGGCUUGCAUGAGCCAGGCAGUUGCAUCUCAACAGAGGAACAAAAACAGCCCGACUCAUCCCAACUCUCUCAAAAAGCAAAACAGUGCCCUUGUGCAGUUGAGCAUGCACAGGACCUGGGCAAUAGGAUGGAGUCUUCAAAGGAGAUGGUCAGAACAGAGUCAAUAAAGGGCACAGUUGCCUGUCCUGCAGAGGUGGAAGAUCCAAGUCAAGAGGAAAACACACAGGCUUGCAAGAAAUGGGUUAGUGGGUUUGUGAAGCAAGUGGAGAAGGGAUUGGGCAAGGUAGGCAAAGAAUGGCAUCUUCAUGUUGAUGGCACAGAUGAGAUGGACGUUGAGACAAGAGACAGUUCUGAGGGAAAAAGCUGCUCCGGGAAUCAGAGCAGUACCCUGCAGGGUCCCACAGGUUCUGCCAAACAGGACCUGCCACUGGAAAAGCGUGAUUCAGAAACCACCCAAAACGCUCCCAUGCAAAGCACACUGCAAAACACUUCUGCUGCCGGCUCUCCCUCUGGAGCGCCUAAGCACUGGGCGAAGGGAGACUUGCAGCAGAGCAAAGAGCACUGCAUGGACAGUGCGGCCGUCUCAGACCUCCAGAGCUUGUUUGAUGAUGACUCCACGUUCUCCCAGCUGUUUCCACGGGACGACCAGUUCAUCCGGAGGAAGUGCACACGGGUGUAUGGGAAGCGCACCAAGAAACCCAAGCCUGUCACCGAGGUAAACAUCCGGCCAGCGGGUGCCAUCGACCUCUUUACUAUCCGACUAGCUUCUGACCUCAGUGAAACCAGCUCUUUCUGUGUCACCAGGGAGGAUCCUUGUGAAUAUGAAACCAUCUCUAUCGACGAUGCCUUAAUGCUAAACAUGUGUCACAGCAGUAAGGCGAAGAGCGGAGAUCCAGUUCCCAGUGGAUCUAAAAAUACUGCGUUGAGGUCAGACCGUGAGAAGAUCAACCAAGAGAAGGAGGUCAUUGACCUGGAAGAUAACAAUGUGCUAACCUUCUUGUGCCAAAACAGCCAAAUGGAAAAUGUCCCCGGCCUGAACAUUUGGGGCAGUCUGGAGAAGAAGGGAGAAAGCAUCUCUGCUGAGGAAAUGUUUGAGCCGCCGAUGGGCCUUGAGAAUGAACACUCACUAGGAGAAACGAGCUCAGAACCUCCCGACCUGGCGGAGGAGCCCUACGAUGGCAAGGUUAGCGAAGAUUCAGACUCUCCUGAAUUUCAUACAAUUGACAUGGAGAUGCUGAAUGCAAAGCUGAAAAUGAGAGACAUGUGUUUCUUCAGCUCUUGCGAAGAUCUUCCUGGCCAUACCGAUGAAAAUACUGUGAGUUUCAAGCAAAAACUGGGCCAGCAUAGCAAACACAGCAGAAAUAGGCUAGAAGAUGGGAAGCUGGGGAAAAACCGCAGUGAUGUAAGCAUCAAGUCCAAAGACAAGCAAUAUAAAUGCAAAGUGUGUUUCCAGUGGUUCCUGACAUUAGGGGAACUGGACUUCCACAAGCUCACUCAUAACCCUUCCCCUCCUCCUACCUGCUACAUGUGCGUCCAGCGCAAAUUCAGCUCUCGGGAGCAGCUAAGGGACCAUUUGAAAGAGAAGCAUGCCAAAAACAAGGCUGGUCUGUGGGCUUGCGGGAUGUGCCUGAAGGAGAUUUCCGACGUCUGGAUGUACAACGAGCACCUCCGAGAACACGCCACCCAGUUUGCUCGAAAAGGGCAAGCACAGAAGUCCGUGAUGGGCCUGCCUGCCUGCUUUGGUGAGGACAGCGCCGCUGUCACCCAUUUCCUCAACACCAUCAUGUAUCGGAGACCCAGCAAGUCCUCCAGGCACGCCGACUCCAGCAACAAGCAUCCGGUUAGCAGAGAGAACAAGAGCCCCAAAGAGCUGCCCCUUGAGCAGGAGGCCAAGGCGAUGAAAGACCCCUUGGAAAGCAACAUCAAGGUCAACUCCCCGAAAGCUGUUCCCAUGCACCCAGACUGCAAGGAUCCUUCCAGGGACUGUCAUCACUGUGGGAAACAGUUUCCCAAACCCUUUAAGCUCCAGCGGCACUUAGUAGUGCACAGUUUACAGAAGAUUUACUUGUGCCACAAGUGUCCAAUGUUCUACCAGGAGACCAAAGAGCUUCGAAACCACCUCAGCCAGGAGCAUGGAAUACUGGAGGAACAAGAGAUCAAGCACACUACCCUGUAUGCAUGUGAGCUCUGUGCAGAUGUCAUGCACGUUAUCAAAAAGUCCUUCAUAUGUAGCAUGUGCAACUACACGUUCUCCAAGAAAGAGCAGUACGACCGGCACAUGGAGAAGCACCUUGCAGGAAGCAGCAAGACCUUCAAAUUCAGAGGGGUCAUGAGGCCUGGCAUUGCCUCCAGAGAGGGCAGAGAGAAGGUUAAAGAUGAAGGCUCUCUCCAGGAGGGCAUGCCACCGAACAAGAAGAGAAAGGUUGCUCAGCAUGGCAGCUCGCUCCCGCACAGCUCACCUGUGCACCUGGACCACACUAGUGACCUGCAGCUGAUGGAGGUUGCAACCCCCAGCCUGCAGGCUCCUAGUGAGUCUUUUCCUAUAGCAGCUAGUGAGCCGGGAGCACCGCUACCCCAAACCUCUGUGAAAACAGAAGACCUGGUGGGUGACUUCUCUGACCUCCUUGCAGAGAUGGAGAAAUCUCAGUUUGAUACCCUGCCUCCAGCGCCCUGCCUCUCCCCGUCUUUGCCGCAGGCUGCCGCAAGCAAUCCAGAGCUCAGCCAUAUCACUCCCCUAUCCAUUGAAGAACUGGAGAAAGGAGCUUUUGAUGGGAAACCACUUCCUUUCAUGGACUCACCCCAGUUUAAUAUUGACCUUGCUGGAUUAGCCUGUAACCAGGUAGCAGAUGAAAAACUGUCUUCUCCGCAUCUUACUGAGAAAUGUGGCUAUGCCAACGCACAUAAAAAAACAAGCUUAGGCAACAAAGACGAAUAUAUGGCAGGUGUCCUGGAAAAUCCCGAUGCAGCCACCAACCCCGUGAAUGAGGUCCCAUUUCUCCAACUUGCCAAGAAGGUCCCGGAGCUUCCUUCACCGAGAGCCGAGGCUCCUCAGGCCAAAGAGACCAACAAAACCCUGUGCAGCAACUCCAGCAUAAACAAUGCCCCUUCUUGGGAAGGAGCAUCUAAGGCUAGUUCUCCCGAGGCUGCCCACUACCCCCUGCCCCUGAAGGACAAGACGACAUCGCCUGUGCUGAACAGGGCUGCUAAAGAGUCGACCUCGCAGAAGAAAACCGCAGGCAGUCAGGCUGGCAGCGAUGCUGCUUCCAACGCAGCCAGCCCUGGGGGGAGCCCCGAGGAGGGUCAGAAACCCGGCUCGCUGAAGGAAAAAGUUGUGCCCGAGACAGGCGCCUGUGCCAAGGAGAGCAGCUCUAACGCCAGCGGCAAGGAGCAAGGCGCCAACCAAGGCAAAUCCACUGGCCACCAACUCAAAGGUGAGGUGGCCAGCAACGCCGUGAGACACGGGCAGGUGGAGACGAGCAAAGCCACGGACAAGCCGGCUCUGAGCGGGCCAGGGAAGCUUCACCCAAAGAAGCGAAAAGAGCACAAGUCCUUGAGUCACAGAGGCAGCUCCGGCUCCCGGGAGAACAUCGAGGGAGAUGGGAAGAAGAAAAAAGCCCGGACACCAGGCCCGGGCAGGAGCGAGAGUGCCGGCGAAUUUAAACGCGCCGAUUGGACCAACGCCGAAGCUUCUGCCCUCUCCCCCGGCAGGAGGGAAACGCACUGCAACAGACUGAUUCCCAAACCCAAAAUGGCAGGAGUCGGCAACCAGCUGAAAAAGAUGGUCCUGGACGCCUACAACCAGAAGAAGGUGGAGAUCCGUCAUGCCAACGGGGACGUGAAGCGCAAAAAGGCCAUUCUGGGGAAGAGCCUGCACUUCCGCACCGCCGAAUCUCAGAACAAUCUGCUAAGCCAACUCUUUGGGCAAAAAUUAACUAGCUUUAAAAUUCCUUUAAGAAGAGAUACUUCAGAGUAAUUUAUGAAAGUGACUUAUGGUGAUCCUCAGCUGCUUUCAUGGGGUUUGCAAGGGAAAAAUUAUCAAAGCAUUAAAUUCGUUUGUGUAGCAUGAUUUUUCUGUCUAGCUUAAAUGAACUUGCACUGCAGCCUCUGUGAAAUAGUUUGCUUUGUGUCUACUAAUCUACUUUAAUUCACCUGAUUUAUCAUGCAAAUGCUAGAACUUUGAUGUUGCUGAUGAUUUUCAUGAACUGAAAUUGUAAUCGCUUUGGGCAGACUGAAUCGUCAAGAGCAAUUGCUUUAUUGCAGAAGUGCUGAGGUUAUAAGGAUACUUGCAAAUCUCAGACCCUUUUGAGACUGUGUCUGUGUUAUCUUUGUACAAAGUACUUGAAGAGAUGAACUUCAUUCCGUAGACGUCUUAUUCAUAAGGUGCAGUACACUGUAGAAAGCAAAUUUUUUUGAAGAUUUUGCACAAAUAAUCCUGUACAAUUCAUUUAAUUGGGAGCUGGCCUAAGCGAUGAUACAAUUAAAAAAAAUUAAAUUAAGAAUCGAGUGUCCCAUAUUUUGACAGCCAUCCCUAAGAAUUUGUUUCUACAUUGUCAAGAGAAUAAUGAGCUAGCUUUCAUGCUGCGUGGGCUAUUAUAGCAUUUCCGACGUUGCUGCCAUUCUUUGACCACUGUAGAUGAUGUAAAUGGAGGAAAGCCAAGAACGCGAGCAAACUGCACCUUGACACUUGUGACAAACUCUUUUUGUUGUUUUUCUUUUGGUUUUUGUUUUGUUUUGUUUUGUUUUUUGCGCAAUGACAAAACUGUGCCAAUUUACCACACCAGAAUGGUACUGUCCGAGUGCCCUCAACGGUAUAACUUCUAAACUAUCUUACUGUAUUGAGUUAGUGGCUAUAUAGGUAUCCGCUUUUUACUAUGCAGUUACUGGUGCUAUUUUUAUUUUGUAAUGUGAAUACAGACUUCCUUGAUUGAAAAAUAAAGGGAACCGUUAGGAAGUAGCAGUUACCUGUAAAAGAAAACAAAGCAGGAAAAUCAAACUUUAAGGAAAAUCCUGUAUGCUGGUACUCCAUAGUGUUGGAAAGGUUACGUCACGUUAUACAAGCAUGUUAUACAACUGAACUUUUGAACCGGAAAGAAAUCUCAGGUGCAAACGAGGACAUGGAAGAUAACUAAAUACUAUUGAAAUACUCCCAAGUCAAGGAGGUGAAGUAAUGCACUGAUGUGAUAUGAACAGUCAGAGUACUUUGCGUCUGUCCUGCAAUUUUUUUUUGUUUUAGAUUUAAAAGGAAAAAAAAGAGGCUUUAUUCUGUUAAUAUGUAUCUUUACAAUUCUUUGUAUUGUAUAAAAAUAUUGUAGGUAAUUUACCUUGGGUGCAAUGUGUUAUGUCAAAAGUUUUUAUUUUGAUAUUUUGUCAGAGAAGCAGAGAGAGAGCAGGAAACGCCUUUUUAUGAUGUCGUAUGUGUGCUUUUAAAGUGCCUCUUUAAUAUUGUUAAAUAAAGUAUGAGAUGAAAAUAUGGGGUGGUACUGUAAAAUCAUAC